AUGUUGAAUCCACAAUUCAACUUAAAUUAUCUUAACGGCUUUCUGGUUGUAUUCAAUAAACAGGCGAGACUAUUGGUGAAGGAGUUCGCACAGAUGGAAAGGAAAGGGGACAAUUUCAGACCAUUCCUAGACAUUUUCUUUGACCUAAAGGAAUCUGUUGGUGAUGAAAAGAUGCCCGAUAAUACAAUUAGAGACCACGUCAACUCAUUGAUCCUUGCUGGUCACGACACUGUCGCUAUAGCUGUUCAGCUUACUCUGUUAUUAGUCGGCUCUUACCCGGAAGUGCAAGAGCGACUUUAUACGGAGUUGGUAGAUGUAUUCGGUGACUCGAACCAAGACGUCGAAAAAGAUGAUCUGACCAGAUUGCAUUAUUUGGACGCUGUAUUGAAAGAGUCAUUACGCUUCUACACGAUGGCUCCUAUCGUAGCUCGUUACGUCGCUGAGGAUUUAAAGCUCAAGAACUACACGCUCAAAGCUGGGGGCGCUUGUAUUCUCAUGCUUUACGGUGUCCAUCGACUACCAAUGUGGGGCAAAGACGUGGAGGAAUUCAAGCCGGAGCGAUGGCUCGACCCAGCCGCGUUACCUGAGAAUCCGAACGCCUUUCUACCUUUCAGCCUCGGAAAGAGAGUAUGCAUAGCUGCAUUGAUCGGUUGCUUCAUCAAAUUAAAC